CCGCCCGCUCGCAGGCACGCGGCACCCAGAACGCUCCCGCCCCGGGCUUCGCGCCCCGCCUCCGCCGCCCCAGCCCGGCCAGGGGCAGAGGAGCGAGCGGACGCGCGGAAACUCAGGGCAAGGCGUCGGUCGGCCGCCGCGCCGGAACGCAGCGCCGCGGGAAGCCGCCGCCGUCACUCCGGGCCGCUCCGGGUCGGCCCAGCGGCCCGCGCUGAAGGAGACUCGAGGGCAGGAGGCUGCUCGUGCCAGGCGCAGCCGCCCCUUCAUGCGCAAGAUGCUGCUGGCCGCGCUCUCCCGCGUGCUGCAGGGCCCGGCCGCCGCCGCCGCCGCCGCCAGACCGGUUUCCCGUGUGGUGGUGGCAUCUCGUAACUAUGCAGAUUUCACAAGUGAGGCUACAUUUGAUAUUAAGAAAUGCGAUCUCCAUCUCCUGGAAGAGGGCCCUCCUGUCACAGCAGUGCUGACUCGGGAGGAGGGACUCCGUUACUAUAGGACUAUGCAGACCAUUCGGCGCAUGGAACUGAAGUCAGACCAGCUGUAUAAACAGAAGAUUAUUCGUGGCUUCUGCCAUUUAUGUGAUGGUCAGGAAGCAUGCUGUGUUGGACUUGAAGCUGCCAUGAAACCAACAGAUCACUUGAUAACAGCAUACCGGGCUCAUGGCUAUGCCCACACACGUGGAACUUCUGUCCGAGAGAUCCUUGCUGAGCUUACAGGUCGAAAAGGAGGCUGUGCUAAGGGAAAAGGAGGAUCAAUGCACAUGUAUGCCCAGAACUUCUAUGGUGGCAACGGUAUUGUUGGUGCUCAGGUUCCUCUUGGAGCUGGGAUUGCCUUGGCCUGUAAGUACUUUGGCAAAGAUGAGAUCUGUUUGACUUUAUAUGGAGAUGGUGCUGCCAAUCAAGGUCAGAUAUUUGAAACAUAUAAUAUGGCAGCCUUGUGGAAGCUGCCAUGCAUUUUCAUCUGUGAGAACAACAGGUAUGGAAUGGGUACUUCAGUAGAGAGAGCUGCAGCCAGCACUGACUACUACAAAAGAGGAGACUACAUUCCAGGGAUAAGAGUGGAUGGUAUGGAUAUUCUCUGUGUGAGAGAAGCAACAAAGUUUGCAGCUGAACACUGUAGAUCUGGAAAAGGUCCUAUGCUGAUGGAAUUACAGACAUAUCGUUAUCAUGGACACAGUAUGAGUGACCCUGGAAUCAGCUAUCGUACUAGGGAAGAAAUUCAGGAAGUCAGAAGCAAAAGUGAUCCUAUUACUCUUCUGAAGGACAGAAUGGUUAACAGCAAUCUUUCGAGUGUCGAGGAAUUGAAGGAGAUUGAUGUGGAAGUAAGGAAGGAAAUUGAGGACGCAGCUCAGUUUGCUACCACUGAUCCAGAACCACCAUUGGAAGAAUUAGGCAACCAUAUCUACAAAAAUGAGCCACCCUUUGAAGUACGUGGCCCCAGUCAGUGGAUCAAAUACAAGUCUGUUAGCUAAAAUGAAUGCAAUUUACUCCAGCAGCCUGUUGCAUUAUGGCCUUUUUGGGAGGAUUAAAUUUUGUAUUUGUAGUAAGAAUGAACUGUUCAUAUUUAAGGUUUGUUUAUUUGGAAGAAUAAAAUUGUUUUCAGCCAGGGACAGCUAAACAUUAUGUAGAAAAAUGCAUGAACCCAUGGAUAAGGAGCUGAAUUAGGAUAAAGCAAUGGUUGUUUAAAUCACUAUAAAUUUGCUUCAGUGGCUGGUUUUGGAUUGCUUUACUUACGAAAGUUACUCUUCUAAAUGUUUUGAAUAAAAAUCAUGUUAUGUACAGUAUAUAAAUAUAUUGUCACA